AAAAUCUACACAAAUCGGAUAACUCUUACGCCUCCUUCUUUUAAUACCUUUUUACAUUGUGAAACUUGUCAGUUAUGUUCAAGAAACGCUCAAGACCGACUUCUGUCCGAGACAAAUCAAGAAUUGAGGAGGCUGAGGGAUCUGGAAACGAAGAAAAGGUGGCGUCUGGAUCCGGUACUCCUAUUGUGGACGAGCAGGAAGAUGAUACUGGUCGAACAGUGGAAGAGCUCCUCAUGCUUAAAAAGUUGAAGAAAUCACAGUCAAGACAAGGGAUCGAUCUCGAAAAGCUCAAUCGUGGCGAGGAAAUGAAGAGGAAAGGCAAGAAGAAGGAGGAUCCAGCGGAGAAAUACGGCCUGCAACCAGGCAGAGGGAUGGGUCGAGGCGAUGGAGAAAAGGAAAAAGAUGAAGAGAUGGAAGACGAAGCCGAACGAGCAAAGAGGUUGGUACGGGUGAACAACUUUACUCAACAAACCAAUGCUCUGGAUGUGGACAAGCAUAUGAUGGCGUAUAUAGAAGCGGAGCUUGCUAAACGUCGUGGUCAGGCGGCUGACACAACUGACAAGUCAGCAAUUGAAGACAACGACCCGCAAGCGGAGCUCUACAGAAUUGCGGAAAAGUAUCAAUUCGAAACCCGGAAGAAGAAGGCGGAUGAUGAAGGAAAUGUGACGAACAGUCUGGGGAUGUUGACGAGUAUACCCGAGGUUGAUCUCGGAAUGGAUAAUCGUCUGAAAAACAUCGAAAUGACCGAAAAGGCGAAGAGGGACAUGUUGGAGCAGCGCAAGCAAGAGGCAGCAGCUGCAGCGGCAGCAGCCAAAGAGGCCGAGGACCCAGGCUAUUCAGCAGCUAGAUUUUACCGUCCCAAUCAAAAAUCAGCUUCCGAUAUAUACGUUAAUUCUGAGAAGCGACGAACGACUGGCGUUCCAAGGCAAGAAUCGGCGACUGACGAGCAGGUGUAUGAGAGGUUCAAGAAAAGGAUGAAGCGCUAAUUAUCAUGUUGUCAUAAUAAUAUCAAUGCAUAAAUUCAUCGAGUACAGGAUACUGCCAUCGCUAUAAUGUCGUUAAAAGCCCAUAUUGUCUCCUCUUUGUCAAUUUCCUGCAACGCAAUUUAUAAUAUCCGUCAUCGAGACUACUCAGUGGGCGGUCCUCUGACCCAGACCCGAAUCUACCGAUCGAUUGACAUUGUUGACAUUCCUUGGUUUCGAUUUCCGGAUGUGACAAGACUUCUUGGGUGAGAGACUUGAAACAGGAAUAGGAGGGUCGACCUGAUCAACCCGAUUCUGAUCGGAAGAAAUAGUUGGCACAGUGACAAUCGGUUUCACGAAGGAAGCCACUGGCGUGACGGUGUGCGAUGGCUGAGUGGCGAUGUCACAGUAGUUGCCCGGUCGGACAAUCUGGUUCUGGACGUAGGUUGUCGCGUUGAGGGCAUCAGACACUUGGAAGACACUGGGGUAUUGUCGGGAGUUAAUUACAGCAUCUCAAGGAAUGUGCCUA